AACAUGCUUCUAUGUGGACUCGAUCAACGUCCCUUUCGAUUCUGUGUGUGUCCUGGACCAACUUCACGACUAUUAAAUACGCGUUCAGGCAUAUUUUAAUUCUAACUGAGGAGAAAGAAAAUGGCUACAAUAUCAGCAAAAGAUACACACAAGAAAAGAUUUCGCUUUGCAGAUCCUCACAGGGGAUGCAGAAAUCGACACGUUUUAUCCAGAGACAUAUACAUGCAGCCUCCAUAUAGACGUAUGUAUGGACGACAGCGUGGUAUAAAGGGGUCAAAAGGGGCCCAAGCUCAGUGGUCAGCAGAGCAUGAAUUCCAUCCUCACUAUCAGCAAGAAUUAGCAACACGCAGAUGCAGAGGUGAUGAGUCAAAUUUCAAGACACUUCUGUUGAACAUGAUGGUAAAGGACCUACAGCCAUUAAGCACCGUGAAAGGAGCUUUGUUCCAACAUCUCACAAGGAGUCUACAGCCAUCUUUGGGAAUUCCGUUAAAUGCCUCCUUGAUUCGAGCUGAGCUUCAGAGACUUUAUAGACACAAGAGAAUGGAAGUACAGAAUGCAGUCAAUAAUGCAAGUAACCUUGUUCUCUCAGCUGAGCUGUGGAGCUCAAAUGAGUCACUGUUCUAUCUGACAGUGUCUUGUCACCUAAUCAGCGAAAAAUGGGAGCUGAAAUCUUACGUGCUAGAUACAGCUCACUUGCUUGCCGAGCGUACAGCAGACAAUGUCGUACAGCAACUUUUGAGAACUGCAAAUGAGUGGAACAUCAUAGAGAAGAUUCAGGUGGUGGUCACAAACGUUGACGGCAUGAAGAAGGUCCACAAAAAUGGAUGUAGAUGGGUAUAUAUACCUUGUCUUGCCCAUACUCUGGAUAAAGUGUUUAGAGAAGCCAUAGCUGACUCUGACUGGAGACCUCUGCUGAGGAAAUGUCAGCAUAUAGUUGCAUUUAUCCACCAAAACAACCAAGCCUCACAAACUCUCCAACAAAAUAAACUAAUUCAGAGCACUUGUCUACAGUGGCUUCCUACACUCUAUAUGCUCAAAAACCUCUUAGAACAAUGGCCAGCCAUUUUUAAGGUUUUUGUCCACAGACGAGAUGAUGGUCUUUGUCUGAACGAAAAUGAAAGAAGAAUAGUUGAAGACAUUGUAGCAGUGCUGAAUAUUCUGAAGACGGUUACAGAGGAAAUAGGAAGACAAGGGUACAGCCCCAUUUCAAACAUAAUACCGCUGGUCCAAAAACUGCAGGAGAAACUGAGAAACCUGGGGAUGAUGGGAAACAGAAUAGCGCAGAAACUGUCUGUAAAAUGUGACCAUCAUAUCGGCAACAUCAAAAAACACCUUUGGUUCAGAGUUAGCACAGCGCUGGAUCCACGAUACAAAACCAGUGUGCUGUGGGACUCUGGUGCUGAAGAUGUGAAAACAGAAAUCAGGAAACAGAUCAGGAGAGAAACACACACUGAGCACAGAAGAUGUGACACCGAAAGUGAAGAGUUGGCCUUACGGAAAUACUGGAAAAUAACCGACACUUCAGUGAACCCACUUGAAUUCUGGAGAACCAAAGAUGAGUUUGAAAAACUGGCAAUGGUUGCCCGCAAGUAUCUCACAGUGGUUUCCACUGCAAUUCCAAUGGAGCGUGUAUACCAACUGGAAGAAUCACAAAUCGUCAACAGGAGAAACUGCUUGGAGGUAGAAAAUGUCAAUAUGAUAUUGUUUUUGAACAGCAAUUAAUAAAAAAAGCAACUUCAAAUAUUUGCUUAUAUUAAAAUCUAAAAACACAAUUAAAAUCUCUGUUUGGAACAGUUUGUCAAAAUGUUCAUAAUUUUAACAGAAAAAGUAUGUAAAAAUGAAAAUAACUCUUAAAUGGUUUACUGGUAGUUACCUUACCAUGCACGGCGAAAUAUAUAUAUAUAUAUAUUUGUAGCAUAAUGUUGAUUACCACAAAAAUAUUUUUGUCAUGGUUACAGAAAGGCACUUACAAUGGAAGUAAACGGGGCCAGUCUAUUAACAUUAAAAUGCACACUGUUUCAAAAGUAUAGCCACACAACAUAGCCAUUGUACAUAUUAGCAUGAUUUUAGUGUCCAUCAGGGCUGUAUUUUUAAGGCAUAAACACAAAGUGUAUAUGGAAGGUGUAAUUUUUUGUAAAUAUGUUUAAUGUAAAUUUUGAAUGUUUAUUGUAAAUGUGUAAUUUAUUGUACAUCAAAGGGUCAUUCUUCAAUUGGUGUGGCAAAUGAGAGGCAGCAUUUUUAAUAAUGCUACUUUUUUAAUUAAUAAUAAACUUUACUGCUAUGUAUUUAAAAAAUAGUUUAUUAUGCUUUAUGCAGUAAAAUGGAAGCUUAAAUGUAUUUAGUUUUUUUUUUUUUAUAAUUUUGAUCAAAUACUGGUGACAACCACUUAUGUCUGUGAUGUUACAGGUAUUAGAAGUGAAAUUCUGGGAUGUUUUAAAAUAAGUACAGUAGGUAAAUGCAACAUAUAGGAUUUAUUCAAAGAAAUCAAUAACUUUAAGAACUCAAUUUAUUUUCUUUAUUGAAAUUUCUUCUUCCUUUUUUUUUUUUUCCCCCUAGCUUAAACCCUAUUUCCAUCAAGAGAGAUGUUAUCUCUAUUUAUUUUGGUAUAACUGAAAAAUCACUUUAACAUUUGAAAACAUCAAAUAAUAACAUUAAUUGGCUCUGAAGUAUUUGUUUUUCUUUUAAGUAACACUACAGACAACUUACAUUACACUAAUGUUUCUGUCUGUAUAUUGUCUGUGUGGAGUUUCUAUGGAGUCUAACCACUGGAGUCGUAUGGAUUACUUUUAUGCUCACUUUAUGUGAUUUUUGGAGCUUAAAAUGUCUGGUCACCAUUCACUUGCAUUGAAAGGACCUACAAAGCUGAAAUAUUCUUCUGAAAAUGUUCGUUUGUGUUCCUUAAUAAUAUAAUUCAUAUAAACAUGUUAAAUUACAUAUAUUUUCAUAAUAUAACCACUUUAUUUAUUUAUUUAUUUUAAAUACAUUGUUGCAAUUACAUCCCAGGAUACCUCUUUGAUGUAUGAGGGGGACAUGCAGAUUUUGUUACACAUCUCUGAAACUCAAUAAAAUGUGUUAUAAGACAAAAAUGUAACUUUUAACAAUGCUCAAAUUGCUUUCACACUACAGAAUACAAAUGUGCAAAUAUUUGAUGAUUUUUUUACAUUUAAAGUUGAUUUCUAUUGUUGCAAAGUAGAGGGACACCAUUUUCCACUGCAAAUAAAGAAUGACUCAAAAGUACUAUCCUUAGCAAAAGGAUAGUCAAAGUCAUCGUAAUUGUGUUUAUGGUAUAGAUUUUACAUUAGAUCCUAAAAACAUAAAAAAAUAAAUAAAAAUAAAAAACAGGCCACUGAAUAAGAUGGAGUUUAUUUUGUAUUUUUUCCUCUGAUUUUACUGUAGCCAUCCUUGACUAGUUCACUUCAGCUGUAGUUGAGUUAAUUGACCACAAGAUGUCAGCAGGAACACAAUUAAGAUAUUUACCUAAAAAUUGAAAACACUGAGCAGUGCAAGACUAAAGCUGAAUAUAGCUAAUGCCUAAAACUUCCAGCUUUUAGAUUCUAUCUGGGCAAACAGCAAGACAAGUUCUUUAAAUGAAUGCUACAGCCUGGGAAAAGUUGUAUUGUCUAUGUUUUACAGCUGUAAAGGCCAUUAAGUUUAUCCCAAACUUUAAUAACUUAAGGUCCAGGAAA